AUUCGUGUGCGAAUAGUCUGACGAGGCUGAAGUAGGUCUAGCGCGCGCGAGUGUUGCCGCAUCAAACACUUCAGUCACUUUUGUGGAAGUACAUAAACGGUUUGCGUGUGAUGGCUGCACGGGACGAGCCAAGAACCGUUUCCGUUUCAAACUGAUUUUAUCUCUGUUGAGAUGCCAUUUCCGUCGUUCGCGUCGUGAGUGUUUAGUGCGACAAGAAACACGAGCAGGGAAUAGAAACAGGUGGAAUAGAAUUUUUUCAAAGGUUCCUGUGAACGUCGUCGUCCUUGCUGUGACGUCAGUCGGUGGACGAACGUUUCCUGAUCGAUCGAGUAAGAUUACUCGUCUUGUGGUGUGGUGCUAGAAUUCGGUGAACCUUUGAGCUUGAGUGCGCUGCUAUCAAGUUAAUCCGAAAGCCGAAUUUCGCAGCCAAGUGAAGUGGUUGCGGGAUCAAACGGGAAGGAUUACACGAUGUAACGAGAUGCUCGAUUCUUGAUGAAAGAAGGGGUUUGUCGCAAGUUUUGCAAAUUUGUGGCCAAGAAUUUAAGCGCUGAAAGCGGAUCAGUGAUUCGGUGCGGAGUGUCAACUGUGGCUGUGUGAAUCGUGCCACGUAUUUAUCUUCGUUUAGGGAUCGUUCGCCGGAAACAACACCGCGGGAACCUCUGAUCAGUUUUUUUCUCGGUAAAUGAGAUUCUGAUUUACAACUCUCGGGAAAAAUUCUCGCCCGUACGCUCGAGCUGCGCACCUGUGUGUGUAUCUGUGAAGAAAACGAUUUUACCAACUGCUGGACGGACGAGUGACCCGGAGCAAGGGAGCAGAGCGAGCGUGAAGUGCGUGGCGUGCAAACCAAGAAUAUUGCUCACUAAAAGCGCUGGAACAACAGCGAACAGUAAAGCGUGAUAAGAUAACGUUCAAGAGGACAGGAAAAAGUACUCGGCCACGCGGCACGCCAGCUUCAUCGAUCGUUUCAACCAUCAGUCAACCGAGCAACCCAGACCGUAGUAGACAAGCGGAAGAAAAUCGAUACCACCGAUAGCUUCCCAGACGUUCCCAAAUGCAGGCAUCUUUUACUGCGACCGUCGUCAGUAUGAUGGAAGUCGAUAGCAUCCACGACCGCUAGCUGGCGAAAGACGCUCCAGCGCCCUGUUGCACCGACACCCCACACACACACACACACAAAGCGCACGGCCACGGACGAUCGGCACAAAAUGCUGCAACCUGCGUGCACCACCGCCCGCCCGAACCAUCGUUUGCAGCAAAUGUCUGUCAGCGUUUUAUCGCUCCGGUAUCAGCACCUGAAUCAGCAACAGCAUCAGCGCCGUAAAAGCCUUAGUUAAUAUCAUAUCAAACCACACGGACGUUCCCUCACGGGGCAGCAGGCCGACAGCUAAGAAGGCAUCGUUUGCAUCAUCGUUGUUUUCUUUUUUGCUCUCCUUCGAGAAAAAAAAGACGAUACACACCUGGCUGCAUCGUUCGCUGCUGCAGAAAACCCCGCUCUAACAAGCGCUGAAACGAUGUUGAAGGAACGGGACGACCAAGAUCAGGAGAUAUGCAAAGCACCGUCACCAUCGUCGACGGAAGACAGAAAGCUACAGGAUUCGGAUGCGGAUCCAGUCGGUUCCCAGCGCGUGUACAAGAAAACUUCCUCCAAUCAGCUGCUCACGCUGUACCUCGGGAGUCGGGAGCUGGUGGCACGGAAGGGCGUCAUCGAACCGCUCAAGGGCGUGCUUUACAUCGAUUCGAAAAUCAUCAACGAGGCCAAAAUCUACGGACAGCUUACACUAACGUUCCGCUACGGGCGCGAGGAUGAGGAAGUGAUGGGACUAAAGUUCUGCAAUGAAGCCGUUAUUGCCCUGCAGCAAUUUUGGCCCCGACCCGUAAGUGCCGAAACGGAUUCGCUGACGCCCCUUCAGGAAGCGCUGCUCGAGCGGCUGGGCAAAAAUGCGGUUCCCUUCGCGCUGGAAAUAGGAACGCUCGCCCCACCGAGCGUGCAGCUUUUACCGGCCAAACGGUACACCGGAGCACCGAUCGGUACCAGCUAUGACGUUCGCGUCUACACAGCCGAAACAUCCGGCGACGAACGUGUACAGCGGAGAUCAACUGUGAGAUUAGGUAUAAGAUUAAUCCAUAAGAUCUGCCUUGAUAGUACCAAAGCGCCGGCCGCACUCGAGACGGCCACCGUCAACAACUCGUUCGGCGAGCCGCAAACCGGCCCAAAAAGCCCACCGGCCCUAACACCGCAGGCCUCGAUUCCGGGCGGACCGGACAGUAAUGCCAACACUACCACCACCACCACCACCAUUCCCCGGGCGCUUCGGUUACGACUGUCGCCGAAAUCGCUCAAACUGUCCUCGCUUCAUCGGCACAGCAGCAGCGUGGACAGCACGAACGGAGGCAUCAAGUCGUACGGCGAUCAUGCCAUCAUCGAGCUGACGGAGACGAACAAGGGUCCGCAAGUGUCCGUCGAUAAGCCGUUCCUGUGGGCAGAUGGGCGCGUCAACCUGAAGGCUUCACUGAACAAAGCGGCCUACGUGCACGGUGAAAACGUAACCGUUACGCUCGACAUCAAGAACGACAGCCGAAAAAUUGUGCGAAAAAUUCGGCUGGUUGCCGUACAGCACGUGGACGUGUGCAUGUUCAGCAACGGCAAGUUCAAAAACAUCGUCGCCGAGGUGGACGUCAGCAAACACAUCGGUCCGGGCGAUACGCUGCACGCGUCCUACUCGCUACUUCCGGUACGAGGCACCACCAAAAACUGGAUCGCCGUGGAAGGUGCCUUAUUUAGCAGCAACAGCGCCGAUCCGAGCUCCUCCGCCUACAACUCGAAGCUGGCAACGAGCGCACCCCGCGGCAUGCUGUCCGCAUCGGCCGCCUCGACCGAGGAGAAGAACGUGUUCGCCAUCUACGUGUCCUACUACGUGAAGGUGAAGCUAAUACUCAGCAGCAUGGGCGGCGAGGUAUCGCUCAAGCUUCCGUUCGUGCUCGGGAACGUGGAGCUCAGCAAUCCGGACGCCACCAAACCGCCGGACACGCUGAGCGGACUGAAAAAGUUGCGCGAACUGCGCCGAAAGUCGUCCGCCAUCGCCACCAACGGUGGUGUCGGCGGCAGCCUAGACUUUACGCCCUGCCGCUCACCACUGUCCAAGGAGCUCAGCCUGCGGGAUGUGGACGAACCGCCCGAGGACGAAGCGGUCGGCAGUCGGGUGCGAAACCUGAACCAACACAAUCAACCGCAGCCAGCGGGGGGCGGUUCGGGCGAGGAGCAGGCCACCAUCAACAGCCGCCGGGAGCUGUUCAAGAACUCCAAGUUCAAUGAAAACCUGAGCAGUACAAUCGACAUCAUCACCGAGGACUUCCAGACGAUCACGGCCAACAUUUCCAGCCUGAUCACCAAGUCGGACUCGAGCAAAUCGAACCUGAACGAGGCGGGCGUGUCCUGCAAUCAGGAGAUUAGCGUCGAAGCGCAGAUACACUGUCCACAGUCGGACCCGGUGGUGGCGGUGAUGGUGGAGGACGCUUCUGCGCGCGUUUCCCCAUCACCCCAGCCCUCCCCGCAACGGUCGCCCCAGCCGGUGGAGCAUUGAUAGUGGACCGGGGAAGGCAGGCGGCCGAUUCCACGGAAACCACAGUACUCUCCUCGUCUACUCGUCGUACGUCGUGUGUAUGUCGUGAUUGUCGGUGUAAUUCGUUGUGUGCGUGUGCAUGAAUGUUCGUCUACGCCCGCUUGGCGUUCCCAGCCUUCUGGGAUGGGGAUGAAAGACAAACAAUGCAAAGCCUACUCUUUUCUACUAGCAUUCGAAAUGUAUAAGCGUCCAAAACCUACUAGUCCCCUUACUAGCCAGAGGCAUUGUACUGAACCUUAGCUUAGUGUGAAGAAACAGCAGAAAAAAAAGACCCAGACUCAAACAAACAAAGACAGAGGACGGUGGGAGAAUCCUGGCUCUGGGUUUGGAAUCUUCAGCUCAGCGAGCGAGCGUAACAACCUGUCAGGGACUGCCGUACUCCGUGGCUCGGGAGAGUAGUAGCAGUAGUAGCUUUAACUUGUACAAUCACGCACGCCGCACGUGCUCGGCGACCCGUGACACCCAGAACCAGCAGCAGUAAAUGUAUUUAGCGAACGUCGGUUAGCAUCCUUUCUACUCACUUACGCGCCCUGUCACCGCGAGGCAAACGCUUCGAAACGUCAAUCAAAGCCUGAACCGUCACCAGUCAUCAUCCCCGUGUGUGCCUAGUACAGAUGUGUUGAGCAAGCGAGCCCCCCCCCCCCCCCCCCACCGGGGGUCCGAAAGGGAAAACAACGGAAAGCAGGUUAAAAGUAUUGCUCAUUCGGAUUCUUUACUCUAAACAAACAAAAAAGAGGAGGCAGCACAUGUGCGGUCUAAGUUCUGUGAACUUUUUCGAAACAACUUCUCCUCCGUUCGCCGUUCCGGGAACAAUGGAAGUCGAGCGGGAAAUUGGUAUAAUAUUACAAGCAGAGAAAACUGAAGGCAAAUUAAAACAACACACACACACACACACCUAAACACACUUUUCCCUGGAAAUGGAGUCGUUGGCGCGAUUCCGCGACGUUUAACCGGAAGCCUUUAUACAUAAGCCCACUGUCACUGAUACAUAUCGAGAGAAGAAGAUUAUAUAUACACGCACGGGACUCCCCCCCCCCCACCCUCCCCCUUUCGAAGGACGAGGACGAGAUUUCGGCAGUCUAAACUUAUGAAAACCAUUUCUUUCUGGAAAUUCUUUCCGGCCGGAAUGCUGGCCUUUUUCUUUGUAGCUGCUGUAGCUGUUCCUUGUUGAGUUCCUGUACUACCAAAAACAAAAAGAUUACCAAAAACAAAGUAGAAAAAUUGUUGUUUUCGCUACAAGUAUUUUAAAUACAACGCUAGAUAAUACGAGUUGCGGACAUUAGUAUGAGGAGAAGCAUAUUAAGUAGCUGAAGGUAGUCGCCGGACGAGGUUUUCGUUUCACGUGUUGCUUUAUGUUUACGCCAUUCCAGGUAUGUGCCAUGUAUGUAUGUGUGUACGUGUGAGUGUGUGUGUGUGUGCGUGUCGCGCGAUACCAUAAAUCAUAGGCACUACCCAAAGUUGGACAAGCGGGCAAAACUUCCCCCCCUGGUUUGCGGGGCAUCUAGCAACCUAUAGGACACGGGAAGGACUCUUCCUUAAUUAUCCGCUAAUGCGAGAGAGAAAGAGAGAGAGAGAGAAAAAUACCCCCCGAGUGGAUGCUGUGCGUCUGCUCGUAGAUAUAUAUAUUUAGGUGGAAAUGAGGCGUAAAUUAAUCGAUUCACCUUGCUGUUGGUAUUUGAGACGAAGGUACGCGGAUAGAUACUAAGUAGAUAUUGUGACAGCCGUACCGAUGUAUGUAAGUGUAGCCAAACCUAGUUGCUAGAUAAUGAAGCGCCGGGAAGUGUUGGGGAGGGCACGAAACGCAACUGCAGUGCACUGUUGCUGGUUUCAACGUAACUUCCCUUUCCGGCAAGUACACAAUACUAUUAGAACGACAGCCAUUAACACUACUACUACUACUGCUAGCAACUACUAUUACCACUACUACUCACACUAGUGCUGUAGGUGUGUCUGCAGUGUCUAAACAGGUAAAGAAGAUAUUUAAAACUGAACGAGUAAAUAAAUUGAUGUUUUGUACGAAAAACCGUAA